AUGAAAAAAUUAGAAUACAAUGGAAAAGAUUAUUUUAUCCCUCAAUUAACAGCGAAUGGUGGAAUCAUUCUAAAACCUAAUCAAACAACUGCUAAAUCUCAUCAAGAAAUUCUUCAACAUUGCCAAUCAAAGCAACAUCCAAUACUCAAUGAUUUGAAUACAAUUUAUGAUUUAAAGAAAUUUGAUACUCCUAGAAUUCCAAUUACAACUGAUAUAUUAACAGUGGAAGAACGAAAAUUAAUAGGCACUAUUUCUUUGCCAAGGGUGUUAGAUCUUCCAAUCAAAAUGGUAAACAAUGAAGAAUAUAGAAUUCCUAAAGAAUUAAUUGGAUUAAGUGGAAUAAUUCAGAAAGUAAUCGAUUUUGAAUAUGCACUGAAUAAAGACUUUGCUAAUCAUUAUUACUGCUACUUAACAGUUGAUAGAGGACUAAUGCGUCCUGGAGAGACUCUAAGAGAAGCUCCUUGUCAUGUAGAUGGAUUUCAAGGUUCAAGAUGGAAUCCAAAAUGUUUAUUAAAUCAUACUUAUUCUAUGAGUGAUAUUUUACCUACAAAGUAUUAUAUCCAACCAUUUGGUUUUAAACAACUUGACGAAGCAAAGCAUGAUUUUUUUUGGGAAAUGAAUAGACAAGUAGCUAUUCAUAACAGUUUAUAUUGUUGGCAACCAGUAGAAGGAGCUAUUACAUUAAUGGAUGCAUAUACAGUUCAUAGAGGAACAGAAUCAGAAAUAGAACAAGAAAGAACUUUUAUACGGUUAUCUUAUGAAGAAAGAAUAUUUGAUCGGUUAGGAAAUGCAAUAAAUCCUAUGUUUCAAUAUGAUUGGAAGUUUCAACCAAGAGAUAUAGAAUCAUUAAACUUAGUUGCAUUCGACACAGAAUGUCACCCAUCAUUAAGAGUUUUCCCCCAUCAAUUACUGGAUAAUGAAGCAAAGAAUAGUUUAGUUGAAGCUGCUACUAAUAAUACAUCUACCAGUGCGACAGACUCUGCGCAACAGUUAGCCAAUGGAGCAUAUAA